GCUCAGUCCGCCCCUUCCCUCCCGAAACCCCCGGCUGUUAGUGCUGUGUGAGUGCGUGUGUGCUCCGGAGCUUGCCUCGGCACACAUUAUAUAAAAAAAAAAAAAAUACAAAAAAAUUUAAAAACUUUUAAAAACUCCAAAAAAUCCUUUUUUUCUUUUAUAAAUAAAAAUUGGUGAAGUGGGAGCUGGAGACCUUGAAACAUCGCAACAAAUCUGAAAAAAUAACGAUAUAACGUUAUAGUCUGUGAGCUUGCAAAGGCCUAGCGGUUUGCUUGAUUCGUUGGUUUGGAUUUUUUCGCGUUUUAAAUUUUUUGUUGCCCUUAUUAUUAGUCAUUUUAAACGAAGCACCAAACGCUUUAAUUGCUCCAGAAAUAAUCUUUUAGUCUACGGUUUUAAAUUGUAAAAAUUGGCGUGUUUAGAUUAGCUUGACAGCUAACUAUAUUCUGACGUAGUUGAUCUCACGCGCUAGUGCCGCGAAACAGGUAAAAUUCUGCAAGUUCACAACUGCGACCGAAGAGAAAAAUGAACCCCAGCGCUCCUAGUUACCCCAUGGCCUCGCUGUAUGUUGGGGACCUGCACCAGGACGUGACUGAAGCCAUGCUCUACGAGAAGUUCAGCCCGGCCGGUGCCAUCCUCUCCAUCCGCGUGUGCAGGGACAUGAUCACCCGCAGGUCGCUCGGCUAUGCCUAUGUCAACUUCCAGCAGCCUGCAGAUGAAGGCCUUUAUUAACCCCCCGGAGCCGUGUGGAGUACACGUUUGUGAUGGAUGGAUGUGGAUGGAAGCACUUUCUUCAGCUUCAUACCCGUGACCCCUGUUCACUGCCAUUAUAAAGCUCGGAUGCAUCAGGAUAUUUAUUAAUAUAUUUCCGAUUGUGUUCAUCAGAAAAAAGAAAGUCAUAUACACCUAGGAUGGCUUGAGGCUGAACGGGCUUUAGACACAAUGAACUUUGACGUCAUCAAGGGUAGACCUGUCCGCAUCAUGUGGUCUCAGCGUGACCCCUCUCUGAGGAAAAGCGGCGUUGGAAACAUCUUUAUUAAAAACUUGGAUAAGUCUAUUGAUAACAAAGCCCUUUAUGACACCUUCUCUGCUUUUGGCAACAUCCUGUCAUGCAAGGUGGUUUGUGAUGAGAAUGGCUCAAAGGGCUAUGGCUUUGUGCACUUUGAGACCCAGGAGGCUGCUGAAAGAGCCAUUGAGAAAAUGAACGGCAUGUUGCUGAAUGACAGAAAAGUGUUUGUAGGGCGCUUCAAAUCUCGCAAGGAGAGGGAGGCUGAGCUUGGUGCAAGAGCCAAAGAAUUUACUAACGUGUACAUUAAAAACUUUGGGGAAGAUAUGGAUGAUGACAAGCUCAAGGACAUCUUCAGCAAAUAUGGUAAUGCUAUGAGCAUCCGUGUCAUGACUGAUGAAAAUGGGAAGUCCAGAGGCUUUGGAUUUGUGAGUUUUGAGAGGCACGAAGAUGCGCAAAGGGCUGUGGAUGAGAUGAAUGGCAAAGAACUGAAUGGGAAGCUCAUCUAUGUGGGUCGUGCUCAGAAAAAAGUGGAGCGCCAAACUGAGCUCAAGCGCAAAUUUGAACAGAUGAAGCAGGACCGCAUGACUCGCUACCAGGGUGUCAAUCUCUAUGUUAAGAACUUGGAUGAUGGUAUUGAUGAUGAGCGUCUUCGUAAAGAGUUCUCUCCCUUUGGAACAAUCACCAGUGCCAAGGUUAUGAUGGACGGUGGUCGCAGUAAAGGCUUCGGUUUUGUCUGUUUCUCUUCCCCUGAGGAAGCCACUAAAGCAGUGACUGAGAUGAAUGGCCGUAUUGUGGCUACUAAGCCACUGUAUGUGGCUCUUGCUCAGCGCAAAGAGGAACGGCAGGCCCAUCUUACCAACCAGUACAUGCAGAGGAUGGCCAGUGUCCGUGCAGUGCCAAACCCAGUUAUCAACCCCUACCAACCUGCACCUCCAUCAGGAUACUUCAUGGCUGCCAUUCCGCAGGCCCAGAACAGAGCUGCAUAUUACCCUACUAGUCAGCUCGCCCAGCUCAGACCUAGUCCCCGCUGGACCACACAAGGAGUUCGGCCUCAGCACUUCCAAAACAUGCCAGGCACAAUGCGCCCAUCUGCCCCUAGACCUCAGACCUUCAGCACCAUGCGUCCUGCAUCACAGGUGCCCCGCAUGAUGUCCACUCAGCGUGUUGCUGCUCAGACUAUGGGUCCACGGCCCUCCACUGCAGCGGCUGCAGCUUCUGCCCCUCCAGUACGUGGCGUGCCUCAGUACAAAUAUGCACCCAGUGUCCGCAACCCUCAGCAGCACAUGAACACACAGCCUCAGGUUACUAUGCAGCAGCCUGCUGUGCAUGUGCAAGGACAGGAACCACUGACGGCCUCCAUGCUCGCCGCUGCUCCUCCACAGGAACAGAAGCAGAUGCUGGGUGAGCGUCUCUUCCCACUUAUCCAGAAUAUGCAUCCCAGCCUGGCUGGCAAGAUCACUGGUAUGCUGCUGGAAAUCGACAACUCUGAGCUCCUUCACAUGCUGGAGUCUCCGGAGUCUCUGCGCUCCAAGGUUGACGAGGCGGUGGCCGUGCUCCAGGCUCACCAGGCUAAAGAAGCCGCUCAAAAAACUGUGACCAACUCUGCUGGUGUGCCAAGUGUUUAAGCCAAGGGGUGUGCAACCUUGAAUCUUCACAGAGAGGAGGAAAAGUAAACAUCGGAAAAAAAACUAAAACACAGAAAACAUCGCAAAACAUCUAAAACCGUAUUUAAAAAAGAAACUAGAAAGAGCCAGGUCUAGAGACAAGCAUUCUAGGCCUAGUUAAGGUAUUUAAAAAAAAAAAAAAAGAAUAAAAAAGGAAAAAAAGACAAAAAUUAUGUUGGGGGUUUUAAAAAAAAAUCCACAGUACAGGGAGUAAACAGCCGUAAAGCAUUCCUGCCUUGUUUUAUUUCUUUUAAAGCCUGGCUAUGUCAUGUUCUUAGAAGGGAGGUGAGAACUGACAGAACCAGCAAUGUGAUGUUCUCUUAAAUUGACAAUAUGCUUGCUCAAAUAAAGUUCAUUAAAAUGUG